AUGGAUCAGGACGCGUCAAGUUCGGGAGGCUGGAGAUUCGCUCAGUGUUUCGGAGACAAGGGCGAUGUCGAGGACAUCACAGAAGCGGACAUCAUCUCGACCGUUGAAUUCGAUACGACAGGGAAUUACCUUGCCACCGGUGACAAGGGCGGUCGAGUCGUGCUGUUUGAGCGUAAUGAGAUGAAAAAGGGAUGCGAGUACAAAUUUUACACAGAGUUUCAAUCUCAUGAACCGGAAUUCGACUACCUCAAAUCUCUGGAAAUUGAGGAGAAGAUCAACAAGAUCAAGUGGUGCAGACGGCAAAACGCCGCCCACUUCUUGCUGUCCACAAACGAUAAAACGAUCAAGCUGUGGAAAGUAUUCGAGAAGUCGUUGCGAGUAGUUUCUGAAUCCAAUCUGCACGAUGGACAGCGGUCAUUACCCCCACCUACCAUGUCCCAGGGCUUGAAGCUGCCUCGCAUGACACAGCAGGAUAACAUCAUCGCCGCGUUGCCGCGGAAAGUCUACUCUAACGCGCACGCAUACCACAUCCACUCAAUCUCGGUCAACUCGGACCAGGAGACUUACAUUUCCGCAGACGACCUCCGGAUUAACCUGUGGAACUUAAACAUCAGCGACCAAAGCUUUAACGUUGUUGACAUCAAGCCCGUUAACAUGGAAGAGCUAACAGAGGUUAUCACCGCGGCUGAGUUCCAUCCCACACAAUGCAAUCUGUUCAUGUACUCCAGUUCAAAAAGCAAUAUCAAGCUGGCGGACAUGCGCGACUCGGCAUUGUGCGAUAAGCAUGCAAAGAUGUUUGAGGAGGAAGAAGAUCCAACAAAUCGGUCAUUCUUCUCCGAGAUUAUCUCCUCUAUUUCGGAUGUUAAGUUCAGUCACGACGGGCGGUACAUUCUGUCGCGCGACUACCUAUCGCUCAAGAUCUGGGAUAUUAACAUGGAGUCACGGCCGCUGAAGACCAUUCCCAUUCACGACCACCUCCGCGGGAAGCUCUGCGACCUGUACGAGAAUGAUUGUAUCUUUGAUAAGUUCGAGUGCACAUGGGGUGGAGAUGACAAGCACGUACUGACUGGAUCGUAUCAUAACUACUUCCGGAUAUACGAUGUGGACACACUAAACGAUAUCGUCCUGCAAGCAGACAAGUCCGCGUUCAAGGCGAAGAAGAUUGGUGCUCCGUUACCGAAUAACAAGGCCGUCGCGAAGAACGGCGUACGGCCUGGUGGACUUCGGGAGAACAUGGCGGUGGAGACUCUCGACUUCAACAAGAAGAUCCUCCACGCGAGCUGGCAUCCUAAAGAGAAUACCAUUGCCAUCGCGGCGACCAACAAUCUGUUUUUGUAUAGCGCUGCAUGA